AUAUACACUUACACACACACAAACAGACCAGACACUCUCUCAAACACACACACACAGCACGYAAACACGUUCGCAUAACUCUCUCUCGAACUCGAUUGUUGCUGCUCUCGUUCUAGCAACACUCUCGCUGCUUUUUUUGGGUGCCAACUAUCUCUGUCGGUUGUGUCACUGCCUCUGCUCUGUUGUUGCUGUCUCCGUCUGACCACCGUGUCGCAUUCGUUUUGUUUGUGUUGUAUUUAAAAGGGCCGCCGAGAAGUAAGCAGCAAGCAGCGCGGACACGCGAUAGUCGUAACAAAACAACAGUAAAUUAUCGUUUGCAUUCGAAUUUAGACAACAAAAAAGCAACAAACACUAUUUAUAUUAAUUAUAAUUAAAGUGCAGCAGCAACAAUAUAAUUUGCAGUGCGGAGUAUAUAUACAAACAAAAUAGAAAACAUAGACAACAACCAGCCAAAACACAAGCUGAUUCUACAAACACAACACAAAGCAAGCGAUUAAAAUUAAAUCUCGUUCAACACGCAAAUUGAAAGUGCAAUAAGAAGAAGAAGACGACGAAGAAAACGUCAAAUGCGGUUGAAAGUUCAAGUUGAUGCAAUAAGUGUUUGAAAACGGAAAUAGAGCUAAAAAUAAAAUCAACAUUUCAAUACCUAUAUAUAUAUAUAUAUCGAUAAAAAUAUAUAUAUUUACAACUCUUCAAAUUCGGAGGAGCUUGGAAAAUCGCGCGCGAGUUUAAUCAACAUUUUUAGCAAUCAAUUUUUGUCUCCCCCCUCUCACCCGAAAUACAAGUUUUGUGGAGUUUCGUGUCAGGUGCAUAAAUUCUGUGUUACGUUCUGCGUUCUCAAGUGAAAGUCACACAGCAAAAGCGACAAACACCCUCACACACACUCAAACACAAGCUAACAUACAUAUAUUGACACACACUCACACACAUACACAUMGACAGACACACACACACGCCCGUGAGUGUGCAUCGCAUCAGAUUGCUAGUUGUCCACUAAACUAAAUUGUGAAUUGUGCAAAUAGGCUGCGGCCAGAAAGUAAACGUCAAGAUUCUAUCGAAAAAAACACUGCUCAGCACGACGGAGGCUUCGUUCAACUAUAACACGGCGACCACAAUGCCCUAUAACGGUGCUAGCAACGGCAGUGGUGGAGUCGGCGGUGCCGUAGCAGGCAGCAGCGUAAGCGGUGGCGGGGCCACCAUCGUCGUCAGCGAGGGACCCCAGAAUAAAAAGAUACGCACAGGCGUGCAGGCUGGAGAUAACGACGUCACCAUGCAUUCACGGUCCACACAAAAUCAGAGUCAGCAGCAAGCACUACUGAACAAGUCAAACGACGACCUAAGGAGAAAGCGUCCUGAGACUACACGGCCAAAUCACAUUCUACUCUUCACUAUCAUAAAUCCUUUCUAUCCCAUCACAGUUGAUGUCUUGCAUAAAAUUUGCAAUCCACAUGGCCAAGUGCUGCGCAUUGUCAUCUUCAAAAAGAACGGCGUUCAGGCCAUGGUUGAAUUUGAUAGCCUCGAUGCGGCUACACGUGCACGCGAGAAUCUCAAUGGAGCCGACAUCUAUGCCGGAUGCUGCACUCUUAAAAUUGAUUUUGCCAAGCCGGAGAAAUUGAAUGUUUAUAAGAAUGAGACAGACACCAGCUGGGACUAUACCCUGAGCACAGGUGAGAUUCAACCAAUUAAGGAGAUUGGAAAUGGUCGCUCGCCAUUACUGCAGGAGCCUCUUUACGGUACACGACCUCAGCCCUACAGUAAGUCGCUGUUUUCUAUACCCGAAAAUGUUGUUGUGCUUGAGAGCCUUGCAACAAUCCAAACACAACAUCGCAACAACCACCACCACCACCACAACAACAACCACCACCACCAACAACAACACCACCACCAACAACAUCAUCACCAACAACAACAACAACACCAUCAACAACAACUUGUUGCCCCAGCUCAAACGCACAAUCUUGUUCCAUUUAAAGAGCCUCCACUAUUGGGACCAGGCACCGCCUUCCCACCAUUCGGGGCACCCGAAUACCAUCCCACCCAGCCGGACAACUGGAAGGGCGCCGCCAUCCAUCCAACUGGCCUCAUGAAGGAGCCCACCGGUGUCGUCGCCGGACGCAAUGCGCCAGUGGCCUUCGCCCAGCAGGGCCAGGCACAGGGCGCUGUCAUGAUGGUCUAUGGCAUGGACCAUGACACUUCCAACACAGAUAAGCUCUUCAAUUUGGUCUGCCUCUAUGGCAAUGUUGCCCGGGUAAGUUCUCCCUCAAUUAAUUUGUUAAACAUUUAAGAUCUUACGCAGAGA